AUACAAGACUCUCAGUAGCCAUGUUACAGCCUUGAGGAGGCUGCUCGCGAGCGGUUCGCUAUAACAAAAUUUAAGUGCAACCGAGUGUAUGUAUCUCUUACAUCAUUGUUUAAAAAUUUUGCUUUCUUAAUUGUACGCGCCAAAUGCUUUCAUGCAAUUAAGUUAUAACUUUCGAGUGACGCUGUCCUUCAAUGACUCUCAUUCGGAGAAUGAUUCUCGGCAAUGCAAACGGUGUCGUAUUCCGACUCAUCACUGUGCCUCAAGGUCUCCGUCUUCGUCCACUCGCCAUCCCCAUAUCCAAUCCUGCGUCCGUACAGUCCUCUCGUUUUGCCUCAACUUCGAAACCCAGAAGUUCCACUCAGACCCGAGACGGCAAAAACUUCUUCGCAUUGAACAAAAGGAUCUCCCAUUUGAUCCGAACCGGUCACAUAGCCCAAGCCAGGGAAGUGUUUGAUCAAAUGCCUCAACGAAAUGUGGUGACUUGGAAUUCAAUGAUUACUGGGUACGUAAAACGCAGAGAGAUGGUGAAGGCGCGCAAGCUGUUCGACGAAAUGCCUGAGAGAGACGUUGUAACCUGGAAUUUGAUGAUAUCGGGGUAUAUAUCUUGUCGCGGGAGUAGGUACAUUGAGGAGGGGAGGAUUUUGUUUGAUGAAAUGCCAGAAAGGGAUUGCGUUUCUUGGAACACAAUUAUUAGUGGGUAUGCUAAGAACGGGAGAAUGGCUGAGGCGUUAGACCUUUUUAAUAGAAUGCCGGAGCAGAGUGUUGUUUCUUGGAAUGCAAUGAUUACUGGGUUUUUACAGAAUGGUGGCGUUGUGCAUGCGAUUGAGUUCUUUGAGAGAAUGCCAGACCGAGAUGGGGCUUCUCUUAGUGCGCUUGUUUCGGGGCUUAUUCAGAAUGGCAAACUGGAUGAAGCUGCGAGGAUAAUUAUCGAGUGUGGGAAUAAGGAUGAUGGAAGAGAAGAUUUGGUGCAUGCUUAUAAUACGUUGAUUGCAGGUUAUGGUCAGAGAGGACGGGUUGAAGAGGCACGAAAGCUUUUUGAUCAAAUCCCAUUUUCACACAAGAAGGGAAAGGAGGGCAAUGGGAGAUUUGAGAGAAAUGUUGUGUCAUGGAAUUCGAUGAUUAUGUGCUAUGUGAAAACUGGAAAUGUUGUUUCUGCCAGGGAACUUUUUGACCAAAUGGUAGAACGAGACACCUUUUCGUGGAAUACCAUGAUCAGUGGCUAUGUUCAUGUGUCAGAUAUGAAAGAGGCCUCUAGCCUCUUUAGUAUAAUGCCAAAUCCUGAUGCACUCUCAUGGAAUUCAUUGAUCUUAGGCUAUGCCCAAAUCGGUUCUUUAGAACUGGCUUGUGAUUAUUUUGAGAAGAUGCCCCAAAAGAACCUAGUCACUUGGAACUCCAUGAUAGCAGGGUAUGAGAAAAAUAAAGACUUUGUAGGAGCAGUCAAUCUCUUUUCUCGGAUGCAACUCGAAGGAGAGAAACCUGAUAGACACACUUUGUCUUCAGUUCUCAGUGUGAGUACUGGGUUGGUGGAUCUAAGUCUUGGCAUGCAGAUUCAUCAGCUGGUGACAAAGACGGUUAUUGCAGAUGUGCCAAUAAACAACUCCCUUAUAACAAUGUAUUCGCGAUGUGGUGCGAUAAAAGAGGCACAGACUAUUUUUGAUGAAAUGAAACUGCAGAAAGAUGUGAUCUCUUGGAAUGCAAUGAUUGGAGGCUAUGCAUCUCAUGGUUUUGCUGCAGAGGCUUUGGAACUUUUCAGUUUGAUGAAGAGGUUAAAGGUGCAGCCUACUUAUAUAACAUUUAUCGCAGUGUUGAAUGCAUGUGCUCAUGCAGGAUUAGUUGAAGAAGGCUGGAGCCAAUUUAAAUCCAUGAUUAGUGAAUUUGGCAUUGAGCCAAGUGUUGAACACUAUGCCUCCCUUGUGGACAACAUUGGCCGGAAUGGGCAGCUUGCGGAGGCCAUGGAUUUGAUCAAUAGCAUGCCAUUUGAACCAGACAAGGCUGUAUGGGGAGCAUUAUUAGGUGCUUGUAGAGUGCAUAACAAUGUAGAGUUGGCCCGUGUUGCAGCUGAAGCAUUAACGAGACUCGAACCUGAAAGCUCAGCUCCAUAUGUACUGUUAUACAAUAUGUAUGCUGAUGUUGGACAAUGGGAUGAUGCAGCAGAUGUGAGAUUAAUGAUGGAAAAGAAUAAUGUAAGAAAGCAUGCAGCCUAUAGUCGAGUUGAGUCUUCCAAUUUGUGAGGAUUUCCUGAGCUGAUUGCAUGAAGUCAGUUACUCAGAACCUCGGACCGGAAAGACAGCUGUGGGCUAACUGGGUAUGAAUCGGGUUAUGCAGACGCAAUGAGCUUCGAUGAAUAGUAUGAACACUUUUUCAGGUGUCAAUCUGCUGGAUAUGAAAGCAUACAUGUUGCUACCGUAAUGUUUAACAAGACCUUGCUGUUUCUUCGUAUUUGGCGUACAAGUCAGAGUAACUGACAUAAUUUUGAGAUCGGUGACGGAAACAGGAUCUGCGGUCUCGUGGGAGAAGCAAACUUAAAGGUGUUGUUGAUAUACAGAAAUGCAUCCAGAGAGUUCAAGAAUGUUUUUUGUACUCAUCAAGAGAUGGAAAAGUCUAAUGGGUCUCGGGUUUUGUUAACUUCGAUACUGCUCAGAGUAAUCUGGCCAUAAAUUUGUGUUAUAGGAGCAGUUUUAUGAAGUUUUCACCGGCCAGUCAGCUGUGUAUUUGCUAUUGUACUUUAAAAUGGCAUCAGAAAACGAGGUUGAUAA